AAGUUUAUCUUCAGCAGCUCUUUCACACGCCCCUUUGAGAGGUUUGCAAAUAUAAAAAUGUUGUGAGAUUGUGAUUACAGUGCUGUAGCAAUCGAUCCCUGUCAUAUUUGAAAACUUGAGCGGAGUCAGAAUGAAGUACAGAGCAGGUUCUCUGAAAGUGCUGUGUGCCUGGAUGAUGAUUCUGUUGCCAAGCUUGGAUGCAGCACAUGUACCAAAGAAACCUGCUGCUGUUGUAUCGUGCAGACUGAAAGAGCUGACAACCCUCACCAAAAGUCUGAUUGAAGCGAGCUUGACAAGUUUUGAUAAAGCCAAUGGGGAGAACCUUGGCAAUUGGUCUGGUGGCUUCCCUGAGCUCCAUGUCCAAAAGAACACUUCUCUCAUCCCCUCAAAGGUUCAGUGCUGCCUCCACUUUGUGGCUCAGGGCCUGGGGAAAGUCCUGGAGGACCAGAGGAGCAAUCUGAAUCCCACAGAUUAUUCACUUCAUGAGAAGCUCGGGGACGCUAUCUCCCACAUCAACAUGCUUGCAAAGUGUGCAAAGCAUAUUCUUGGAGGCGAGUGCUCCCAUAGGCCACCCACACCCGAAAUGCCCGAAUAUGCGUUUCAGAGGAAGCAGUGGAGUCACACUCUGCUGAAGGCAGCCGGGGACUAUCUGAACUGGCUAGAGCAAAAGUUUGAGGUCCACAUUUCAAAUGUCAAAGAGACAAAUAACAUAAAACAUAAAAAUAUUAAGGGAGUGCUUCAGAAAUACUUGGAGGGGAGUGAACACCUCCUGUAAUUUUAAUAAGUUGAUCUCCAUUCGUGAUGCAGAUGUGAUUACAGUUAUGGCAGCGUUUCUUUAAGAGUUUUUAAGGAUUUAAUUAGUAAUAUAAGUUAUUUGUCGUGUAAACAGCAUGUUGGCUUGUCUCUGGGACAUGACUUCAAUGCAAAUGAAUUUGUAAUUCUUUAGAGACAGCCGUAAGUAGUUAACUUAGUUGAUCCAAUCUUUUUUAGUCAUUUUUAUUUAAAACAAUAGUUGAUGUAUUGGGACAUAGCCAUGCUUGCUGUUCCCCAGUCCCCUGGGGCUGCUUGCUUGUUGCUCCAUGUUCUUUACAGACAUGAGAGUGGUAUCAAUCUAUUCAUCUAACUUUCAACAAGAAAAUAAAAAAUUCUUAUCCCCCCAAAAUGUCAAACUUCUGCUGUAAAAGGUAUGUCAGAAAUUACUUUGAUCAGCUAAACUUAAUAUUUUGCAACAACUGACAUGGUUCCCGCAUGACAGUAAUUAAUCAACUUGCCAACGAGGCAAAUGAGAAGGGGCUCUAAUGCAUUUCCUAAUUACGACAGUUUGUUUUCUCAGCCUUCACAGUGAUUAAUUGUUUUGCUCUGGCCAUCUAUCCCCUGUGAGCGGGUUACAUCGCCUGAGGUAGAAAGAGAAGCUGAUAAGAAUCACCCUCAGAGAGCCACCGCUUUGGACUCCAAUCACUGUGCUCCACAGUGAAAUCUGAGGACAGAUGGACAGUGCACAGUAAGCCAGAUAAGUCUGUCAGACUCCCAUCAAAGCAAUACAAGAGAACAACAAUACUGCAGCAAAGAUUAAUGUGGGCCUCAUCCUCAUCCAAAUUAAGUGUUCAAUUAAUAUUCUAUUAUUAGCUCCAACGUUUCGUUGUUCUGCAUGAGCUUCAAAUGAAUCUGUGUUAAAAUUCAGCAAAGUUCCCAAAAUUUUAUUCUUAAUGGUAUUGGUAAUUUUGUAAUUCUUUUUAUAUACUUUUCUUUCAUAGACUGUUUUGAAAUUGAAAUUGAACUUAAAUGUAUCUUUUUUUCUGUUUUUUCUGAAUAAGUAAUUUCUGUCAAAUGCUUUGAUCACACCCUCUCUUUACCAUUAAUAUAAUGAAUGUUUGCUCAUUUCGGCUGAUAAAUAAAACGGUUUCAAGUUCACUUUGCUGGAUAAUUUUCUCUACUAAAUCAAACCCAUAAUUUGUCUUAAUCAAACUCUAAAACACAUGAUUUUCAUUGGAUCUUUGGUUGAGCUGCCCUUUACAUCUGCAACACAGUUCAUGAAAAAUACCAAAGCCACUGUUUAAGAAAUUCUGACUGUCAACAUUCAUAAAAAGCAUCACUAUAACUAAUUUCAUUUCACAGUCACGUUUAUUAAAUAGCCGUUCGUUAUGCAUGCACUAUACACAAACGUAAUGACACAUUCUUUGCUGUUUUAAAAUACUCACCAAAAUAUAAUACAGCUGUUAUCUUCUUUAAUGAAUUCUAUGUCAUGACAUUAACCGGUUUGAUGCGAAUCCUGAUGGAUGAGCUGCCUGCUAUGUAGACCUGAUGAUCAUCAUGGAUGAAUGUAUGAAGCAUACUAUGCACUUAUGAAGUGUAAAAUAAUCAAAUCACAUACAGCAUUUGUCCAUUUUUUUGAGGUUGGUCUUGGAUAGCUUUCUUCCUUUACUGCUAAAUAAUCCAAGACAACAGUUCAUGUGUAGAGAGUCUCUUCUCCAAGCACCCGUAGGUGUCCAACCAGGAUGCUUUAUCGGCCCACUGCUAUUCCUGUAUGUCCUAAACCCCGAGAGAAGUCAAGCACUCAUACGGGAAGAAGCUCUGGAGGACUCUCUCCGUAGCAGUACUUUG